UGCAGUUUCGUUGUCUCUUGUCGGAGAAGAAUGUCGCUGAUGGAUAAUCUGUUAGGUAUCCUCCGCGUUCGCGUCAAACGCGGCGUCAACCUCGCCGUCCGUGACGUUUCCAGCAGCGAUCCUUACGUCGUCCUCAAGCUUGGCCGUCAGAAACUCAAAACCAAAGUGGUGAAGAAAAACAUAAACCCACAAUGGGAAGAAGACUUGACCUUCACGGUUACCGACCCGAAUCUCCCGCUCAAUCUGGUUGUAUACGACCAUGACUUCUUUAGCAAGGAUGAUAAAAUGGGAGAUGCCCAGAUAGAUUUGAAACCGUACAUUGAAGCUCUACGAAUGGAGCUAUCUGGCUUACCAGACGGAACCAUAAUAUCGACGAUCCAUCCGAACCGCAGCAACUGUUUAGCCGAGGAAAGCUACAUACGGUGGAGCAAUGAUCGAAUCGUUCAGAGCUUUUGUCUCCGUCUCCGUAACGUUGAGCGUGGUGAAGUGGAACUCGAGCUUCAGUGGAUUGAUCUCCCCGGUUCCAAAGGCUUGUAAAACAAAACUUGUAACACUACCUUAUUGGGCUUUGCCCAUUAUAUCACCACAAUACGAGGCCUUCGAAGAUGACGGUUCGGUUUGGUGAUAUAUUCUUACAAUAAACAUUUUUAAAUAAGAAUUAAUAUUUUAAUUAUGUGUGUGUGUGUGUGAAUGUGAACCAUUUUGGUUUGGCGUCUCUGCCCAAGACGGCACGAAUUUUAGUGAUUGGUGUUUAGUUUAAAGGAAUCGUCACGUUGUCGCAAGGAGGAAAAAUAUAUUUUUCUACUUCGUGAAGUUAAAAAAGAAAUAUAUGAAAAAAAUAUUUUUUUUGUCAACACUUUUAUCACUGAAGCCCAAAGGCUUUGAAUCUUGAAUGAAAAAGAUACUUUAAAUGCAGCAAUAGCAGCUUUUGAAGAACACAAUAUUUUAUACAAACGAAGUAGAAAAAGUUGGUAAUUUUAAAAAAUAUUCUCUGUUCUAUUGCUAUAUACUCUUUUUAAGAUCAGCCUUUUAAAGAAUCUAAAACCGUGCAACGAAAUUUAUAUUGUUUAAUUUUAAUCUCUUAUAAGAAAAUGUUGACAGCAUCUUAUCUUUACAUAUGCUUUUUCCACUGAUUCGUAUAUGGAAAAUUGCAUUCACUAUACACAACAAAAACCAAAAUUCAUUAACUAACUAAAAACACCUCCUCUCUCCUACUUUCUCUUCCUAUCUCUCUCUACUCUCUCUCUAAAAAUCUAAUUUCCCUUAUUUUUUUGGUUAUUUAGCAAAUAAGCCCUUCGUGUAUUUGGUCUGAUGUUUUUCUUUUGGUCGGGAGAACUUUCGAAAUUGUAAAACAGACCCCGUAUUCUUACCCCGUAUUCUUACUUCAUACCUUAAAACAUACCCCUACUUUUAAGAUAUGUUUUAAGGAACAAAAAAACAUUGACCAUAGACUUUGGGAGCUUAAUGAAGGUGACAAGUGCCACGCCUCUAACUUUUAGUUUUCAGUAUUCCCCUACCCCAUCAUUAACUUGUACGCAUGCCCUCUUGAUUCACUUCUCUACAUCUUUCUCAUGCGGUAAAAGAGUAGAAGAUGCUAUUUUCUUUUUACCAUUUCAUUAAAGCUGCACCCGUAUUUCUCACUUGUCACGAGUCUCAUUGGUCAACUGUUAUACAAAUGUUUUAAAAUACUAUAUGGUUUGAGUGAAAACUUUGAAUUGUAAAUAUGAAUCACAAAAGGAACUUUCAUGAUUUGGUUAUAAAUCAUCUGAAUAAUAUCUAAAUACAAAAACUACGUGUUUUAAGAAAAAAAAAUCAACUCUAUAAUUAGUUUAUUCUCAAGUUACUAUGCAUGCAUGAUGAUGUAUUUCACUUGCAUGUAUAUAUAUUUUCAAGGUUCAUGCGUUUGUGCUAGCCUUCUAAUUGAAAUCAAAUCAAAUAAUAUCACUACUCAGCAAUGAUGACUAAUGAAGUUUGACUGAUCUUAUAUGGAUCUAAGUUCAAUCAUUACACUUUAAUUAAUAUCCAAAUUCCUAAUACAUUUAAAUAUACGUACAACAAAAUAUGCAACUUAUAUUAGACUUAAAAACACAAGAAUUUAUGUCCAAAUAAACAACAUUCAUUGAUUAUAUUGUGGUUUUAGGUAUUAUGUCUACUGCUGCAUAUACUAGCAUAGAGCUUAGCUAUAAAGAUAACGCAUGCAGUAACAACUUGAAUUAAUAAGUGAGCAAAAAAAAAAAAACAAUUUGAAUCAAUAGAUAAUACGAUUGUAUAACUAAUAACUAUAACUUGGUCGAAAAAUAACAUCUAUUUUUUUCAGAUCGAAUAGGUGUAAAUUUGUUAAACAUUUUACAUCUGAAAUUGAGUUUGAAUUAAAAAAAAAUAUAAAUGGUCUAACAACCUUAUAUUUUGGAGUUAUCUUCAUUAUUAAUGUAGUAUUAUAGAGCUCAAAUGUUUUUAUUGCUACAAACUUCACGAUUUAGAUGACUAAUCUUGCAUGUACUAAACAUCCAACAUCGAAAAUUGAGUGUGAGUGAAACUAAUAUAUAAGUGAUAUGGCAACCUUCCACUCUCAAAAUAGUUUUAAAAUGUGAGUUAGUUUCACUCUUUGGUCUUAGUGGUUUAAUAGUCCCUAUCUACGAAAUUGAAAGUGAAAUAAUCUUUAUAGAGAUUUAUAAAAGCGAAGGAAACACAAAUAAAGUAACUAUUACCUACUUUUCAAAUACAAUUACAACUCUUUAUAUAUUUAUGUUUAAAAAUCCACAUGAACUGUUAAUUAUGCAAGUAUUAUAGGUCUAUUAGAUAAUAGAAUAUAACAUGUUUUCCAUAUUUAUCUUCCUGUUGAGACACAAAGACUCCUCCGACAAAAAUUGAGCUUUUAUUUCUGAAUAUUUUAUUAGAGCAGCUACGAUCAAUAUUACUCUCUUACUAUAAUUGGUUAGAACUUAAAGGUUACUUUUUGUUACCAAAAAAAAACGUAAGGUUACGUUUUGAAAAUUAACUAAUUUCUUUUUAUUAAUUGCUUGACAUUUUCACAUUCAAAUCAUAGUUUAUUCUAUGCAAAAAAAAUUAGAAUCAAUCGAUAAAUCAUAAUUGCCUAUAUAAAUAAAUUAUAGUGUGAUGCAAAAUAUGUAUCACGGCACAUAUCAUUCCCAUUGAUUAACAUACUUAGUUGUGCGGGUUUUAUUUUAUAUAUUAAAUUAUUUUAGUUUAUAAGAUAAAAUUUAUUAAUAAAUUAAUAUAGUUUAGUAUAUAUAUUAUCUAACUCUAUUAUACAUGUGUUUAUGUGAUUUAUGAUAUUAUUAUUAUAAAAAUUCAAAUUUUGUAUUCUUGUAACAGAUUUUGUUUUGAAAACAUAAUUAUGUAACACUACUAUUUUACAUAUUUUUUUAUUUUUAAACUUGAAAUAUAUAUAAAAUUUAAAUCAAAUUGGACGUACUGUUAAAAACUAAAUCAAAUUGGUAAUAGAUAAAAAAAAUUUGAGAUACUGUUAAAAACAUCAAAUUUUUAACACUAUAAUAUAUUGUGCCUGUAAAAUAUUAUGGUGCAAUUAGUUAGUUUGUAAUUCAGAUUUAGUGUAUAAAAUUUGUUUUAUAAAUGCAGUAUACAUAUGGUGAUUAAUUAAACCCAUUUGGCAUAGUGUUCGUCGUUAGUCUAAAGGAUUAGUCAAAAUUUGAUUUAUAUUGCAUGUUCAGAAUAAUAACAAUAGGAUAAUGUAUUGGUCCACAUACUGGUUUGAUAAUGGUUUAUAUCUUGACUAUCUAUAAAUUGAUUUUACAUUUAAUAAGGAUUAAAAAUUGGUCUUAUUAUUCCGGUUUUGUAAGGAUUAUAGUUAUAUUAGUUGUGAUAUAUUAUUAAGCUAUGUUAUUAGUUAUAAAUGAAUGAUAACUGAUUUAUAACGAGAGUCUAUUUUAAAAAAAAAUCACAAAUCAAAGUUGUGAUUUCUACUUUAAUAUAUAAGAUUGAGAUUAGUUUUUUUUGGGUUUUAGUAUCAGCCGACCAGGCCCACUUCAUCUAUAUACUAGUGCAAGUCAAAAAUAAGCUUUAAUUAAAGUGACUAAUUAGUCAAAAUUUGCUUUAUGAAACCUAAUUAUCUCUACCAGCUGCGACUUUCUUUUCCAUUUUUCACGUUCCAAGUGUUUGCUUAAAAGGUCAAUUAUAAUGUGCUCGUCUCAAGUGUUUGCAAAUGGUUAAGUAGAAGCGGUGCAAAUAUAACAAUCGGAAACCAUCAACACUGAGUUUAGCAGUACAUGGAGUCGUAACUGACAUGAGGAGGAUUCAGUUAAAAAAAAAAAAACUGACAUGGGGAUCAAUGCAAAUAUUGAAAAGAAUGCAGAAUAAAAACGAUUGUAUAGAUUUGAAAAAGCUUGUAAACACAUAUUUGAUUUUUAAAAAAUUAUGAUAUAAUUUUAAAAAU